UUCCGCCCCUCAGGUUAGUGUGUUGACAGUCCUGAUGACCGCAGCGAUGGCGGUUUCUCGCGCGCUCCGCGACCUGUGGCUGAGGCGACUGGCAGCGCCCACCCAGCUGGGCUUCCACCUCAGCCCUCGCCCCCUGAGCUCCUCCGCACACCAGGCCUCCAAGGCAGCCCCCUCGGAAGCCUCGGACCACAGCUAUGAGUCCCUGCAGGUGACCUCGGCUGGGACACACGUCCUCCACGUGCAGCUGAACAGGCCUGACAAGAGGAAUGCCAUGAACAAGGCCUUCUGGAGGGAGAUGGUGGAAUGCUUCAACAAGAUAGCCAGGGACUCCAACUGCAGGGCUGUGGUGGUCUCGGGUGCAGGAAAAAUGUUCACUUCAGGAAUCGACCUCAUGGAUAUGGCUUCAGAACUGCUGCAGCCCGAGGGAGACGACGUGGCCCGCAUCAGCUGGUACCUCCAUGACCUCAUCACCCAGUACCAGAAGACCUUCAGCGUCAUUGAGAAGGUGUGGACCUCGUCACUGCCUGUGACAUCCGCUACUGUGCCCAGGAUGCUUUCUUCCAGGUCAAGCCUGGUCAACGAGCUGGCCUUCACUGCCCGAAAGAUGAUGGCGAACGAGGCGCUGAGCAGUGGACUGGUCAGCCGCGUGUUCGUGGACAAGGAGGCCGUGCUGGACGCAGCCUUCGCGCUGGCGGCUGAGGUGUCGAGCAAGAGCCCAGUGGCCGUUCAGAGCACCAAGGCCUCUGGAACAUGAGCAUGCUGCAGACCCAGGACAUCGUGAAGUCGGUGCAGGCGGCCAUGGAAAAGAAGGACCUGAAGAGCAUCACCUUCUCCAAAC